AUGCCUGAUGAAGAACCGGUUUACGGUUCCUUGAACAUCCCUGCAAGGUCUCAUGACCAUGGUCAUCUGAACAGCAGCUUUGCAGAGUCAGAGAUGGGAGGUCGGCAAAGAUCAUCCUCAUUUUCAAAUCGUUUCCGUCAGGCUGGAGGUCCAAACAGCUUGGAUAACUUUGCUCGCUCUUGGCAGCGAGCUGCCGCCUUUCCAGAAGUUAUCCCGCGGCGGUCGUCGUUCGUCUCUACAAACGAAGAUGACGAUAUCGCCAUAGCCACCGGCCAGGACCACAGUUCGCACUCUACAUCCUGGGGUCAGUCCUGGGGUCGGAACUCCAAUGUAGACCGGCCUCUUCUGCGAGACUCGGACUCGGAAGGCGAGGACAAUGACUCCCAUGGACCAUCGAAACGUGCGCUACCCAGUACUGGGUUGCUUGCUUCGUCAUUUGAUCGCAGUUUUGCGGCCUCUUAUGGAACCAUUUCUUCGCGGGUCAGUGAAUCGACAAGAAGGAACGCCAUACAAUUCCACAGGGAGCAAACUCCUCACGCUCACGUUGACGGUGCUGGAGACCCAGAUCGGGGCCCGUUGUUGGUAAAGCAUAUCCAACAUGAGGAUGGUACGCAGGAGGAUGUAAUUGUGGGUCAAUCCACUGUUCCACAGACGAUCUUCAAUUCGGUCAAUGUUUUGAUCGGUAUUGGGUUGCUGAGUUUGCCUUUGGCUCUCAAACAUGCUGGCUGGGUUUUCGGCUUGUCGUUCCUUGUUUUCUCGGCCCUGGCUACCUCUUACACUGCUAAGAUUCUAGCCAAAUGUUUGGAUGUGGACCGGAGUGUUGUCACAUACGCAGAUCUAGCAUAUAUCAGCUUUGGACAACAAGCACGCUUGGUCACCAGCUUCCUAUUCUGUCUGGAACUUCUGGGAGCUUGUGUGGCUCUGGUGGUGCUUUUUGCUGACAGUUUAUAUGCCUUGGUCCCAGGGCUGAGCAUCUUGCAAUGGAAGAUCGUUUGUGGACUUGUGCUUCUUCCGCUCAACUUCUUGCCACUUCGCUUCCUGAGUAUUACCAGUAUUCUGGGAAUAAUAUCAUGCACGUCAAUUGUGGUUCUCAUUUGCAUUGAUGGCUUGAUCAAGCCAAAUGCACCCGGGUCUUUGCGUCAGCCGGCCAACACAUUCCUUUUCCCCGAGAACUGGGCCACCUUUCCUCUGAGCUUCGGCCUCAUUAUGUCUCCCUGGGGUGGACAUGGUGUUUUCCCGAACAUCUACAGAGAUAUGAGACACCCCCAGAAAUACGGAAAGAGUCUGUGGGUGACUUAUCUAUUUACAUUUACAUUGGAUUCCUCAAUGGCAAUCAUUGGAUGGCUAAUGUUCGGCGACAUGGUCCGCGACGAAAUCACUGCAAACAUCCUCACAAUUACUGACUAUCCACAAUCUUUGUCUGUCGGAAUUGUAGUGUUCAUCGCAAUCAUCCCUCUCACAAAAGUGCCAUUGAAUGCCCGGCCUCUGGUUGCCACAUUCGAAGUUCUUUGUGGACUUGGAAGUGGCCAUGUGCCAGCCGAGAACAGCUCUGAGACGUUCCAGAAAGUUGGUCGAGUAUUGGUGCGUGUCUUCGUCGUGGUUAUGAUUGUCGUUCUGGCGGUAAUUUUCCCAUCCUUUGAUCGCAUCAUGGCUUUCUUGGGGUCGUUCUUGUGCUUCACCAUCUGUAUCAUCUUCCCUCUUGCAUUUUACCUCAAGAUUUUCGGGAAAGAGAUCAGUCGUGGCGAACGCAUCCUUGAUUGGGCUUUGCUCGUCCUUUCCUGUAUAUUGGCAGCGGUGGGAACCAUCUGGGCUUUCCUGCCCCAGGAAAUGCUCACUGCAAACUAG